AUGCGAACCAUAGAAGAGACUAGAAAAAGAUGGGAGACUCUGUUCCUCGGCAAUACCAACCCCUCUGAUCUCAGGGCGGCCCUUCGAGGGGAGCAAGGAGCAAAUCUGUGCAGAGACGGACUGAGGUCGAUCUGCUGGAAGGUCUUUCUGCUCUUCGACAAUGUUGACCGGGAAAACUGGUCUCAAAAGCUCGCCGAAUCACGGGAGGCUUAUAGCGCACUUCGCGGCCACUUCCUCAAGUAUAUCGAACACCCGAAUGAUCUAGAAUCAACAAUGGACCCAUUAGCAGACGAUGAAGAGUCUCCGUGGCAAACCCUACGCAAUGACGAACAAUUACGUGCCGAGAUUUCGCAAGAUGUCGACCGCUGCAUGCAAGAAAACCACUUCUUUCAGGAACCCGUGACAAAAACAAAAUUGACCGAUAUUCUAUUUGUUUACUCGAAGCUCAACCCGGAUGUGGGUUAUAGACAGGGGAUGCACGAAUUGGUGGCCCCGAUUUUGUGGGUAGUCGACCGAGACUCGAUUCAACGACCAAUAAAUAGUCCGGCACAAACCUCUGUGGAUAGUGACGAUGGUCUCAUGCUGGACCUCCUGGAUUCCGAAUUCAUUGAGCAUGAUUCGUUUACAUUGUUUCUCAGCGUCAUGCAGACGGCACGCAUAUAUUAUGAACAUGGCGAGACUAAAUCCGCAAAUGGACAGAUGGACGUCAUUCCAAUCGUCAAUCGUUGCCAGUAUCUUCAUCAAGAGGCAUUGUCGAUCAUCGAUCAUGAACUUGCAGAGCACCUUGAGACUGUGGACGUGCUACCCCAAAUAUUUCUGACUCGCUGGAUGCGCCUUCUCUUUGGAAGAGAGUUUCCUUUUGACGAUGUGCUUAUGAUGUGGGAUUUACUUUUUGCCCAUGGAUUACGGUCUGACCUGGUGGAUUUCACAUGCAUUGCCAUGCUACUUCGUAUUCGGUGGCCCUUGCUCAAGGCAGAUUACUCGAGUGCACUGUCCAUGUUGCUGCGCUACCCUUCCCCCGAACCCCACGCUCCCUCGACCUUCAUGCAUGAUGCGCUCUAUUUGGAACAAAAUCCGACUGCAGAAAGAGGCAGCUUUAUCAUUUCCAAGUAUUCCGGACGCCCCCGGAGUCUUUCAAACGCCGCAGCCAGUCUGGGUGAAAGCAAUUCUUCUACCUCAUCCCCGGCCCGAGGCAGUCCCAAGAGCCUGGAAGCACUCCUCCAAGAUGUAUCGCAAGGCAUCCAACGCCGCACAGAGUCCUGGGGCGUCGCCAAAGCUGUUCGAGGGGCGGUUACCGAAGCUAGGAGGAAUAUGCAAACUAUGCAUUACGAACCGGGUUUACGUGGCACCACCCUGCAUCCCAAACCCUCGUCCACCAUGGGCACAAAAGCUGCCCCAAACCGACCGACGGCGACCGAACUUGGGCUACAAAGCAAGAUCACUCGCCUAGAGGAACGCAACAAGGCGUUGGCCAUUGCCUUGGGUGAUUCACUUCAGGAUCUUCGGUCUCAAUUGGCCGUGGCUACCGGAUCGGACGGGAGCCCCGGCGUCACGCAAGCUCUGGACCAAGCCGAAUCCGUCCGCCGUUGUCUCGAAGACUCCAUGCUCCCCAUGCUCCCGAGCCCCGUAGCGCCUGUCCCACAUGCCCGCGUAGAGAACGAUCCCCAGGCUGCGCCACCACCCGAAGCCGAUGCAGAGAACGUCUGCCGACCUGAAGACGAGAAGGUGGCUGAGCCGGAUCCGCAAGAUGGGCGAGUAUCUUCGCCGGCAGAUAGCUCCGGGCCGAGCCCUGGUGGGACCUCCAGGCCGGUGAGUCUUGUCACCGCCCACGGGAGGCCCCCCAACGGGGAGGCCGCCCGGGCGCCCGUCCGGCCAUCCCUGUCGGAUGCAGGGUUCUCCUGGAUGCUGGAAGGCAGUCGCAAUUUGUCCAGCUUCGUCAGCUCGGUUUCGGCACCACCGGAGCAGACCCGGUACCUGGAGCAGCAGCAGCAGCAACAACCUCAACAACAGCCGUCACCGCGCAGCAAAGGCAGCCGAGCCCAUCCUCUCUUCGGGAAUGGCGGGGAUGAGUACCCGAGCAUCCAUGCCGAACACAAUGAAUUGGCGAUGCACAACCUCCAAGGCGCUCGGGGGCCACUUGCUGGGAUGUUGGGCGGGCUACCGGGCCUGGUCUUCGAUGAUGUCGGAGAGAGUGGAGAAAAGAGGAUCUACUCUUUGGGGGAUUGGGAGAGACGACUGGAGAGGAAGAGGAAGAGGAAGAGGAGGAAGAGGAGGAAGAAGAAGAAGAAGAAGAAGAAGAAGAAGAAGAAGAAGAAGAAGAAGAAGAAGAAGAAGAAGAAGACCACCAGACCAGACCAGACCAGACCAGACCAGACCAGUGAUAGGCAACAGUACUCCUCGUGA